AUGGGGAAUGAUGCAAGAAUGAAGUCGGAAGCUGGUUGCAUCAAAGAUCCUCGGAAGAAUCAGUUAUUUGUUCAGGUUCCCGAUUCAAGAUCAUUCUUUGAUACUGCUACUAUGCCCAUGAUACUCACUGUUGUUGGGAUCGCACUUUUCGCAAAGCUCCUCAUGAUGUAUGAUGACUCGAAGUCGCAAGAUAUGAUUGAGCGAAAAAUAAAGAAUGCGCCUGCUGGUCAAGGAACAGUUAGGAUGCUUACCCGCGAGGAAUGGGAAUCAGUUCAGGAAGUGCGACCAAGAACUCCGUUUGAAUCUAAACUAGCCCGUCCAAAUGCAAAGCUUAGGACAGGGGAGCCUUUGAAGAUGGAAGAUGUCAAGGAUUGGACAAUAGAUGUUAUAACUGACGCACUAACACGAGCUGAAGAAUGUGCUAAACGAGAUCGAACUAAGCUUUUAAGUCGAAAAUAGUGGUCAUUAAGGUGGAUAUAGCAAAUCAGUGUCAAGUGCCAAUACUUUCAUGUGUAGAAGAUUGUCAAAAGAAGCUCAUAAAGUAGACGCAGGAACUCUGCCAAUGAACCAUGAGGUUACAGAUCUGAGGCUGAAUAGAAUUACCAGAAGUUUUAGAACAUGGUAGAUUCCCAGAAAUGAAAGGGAGAAAUUUGUUUCUAGCACAAAGU